CUCAACCGCCCUUUUUCUUUCUCCACUCAACACAGGCCUUCACCCCCCUCUCGCUCUCGGCCUCUCUUCCGUGGCGGCGACGACAGGGCGAGCGAGCGACGCCGCCCUUGGCUAGGUCCUCGUCGGGCGCUUCGCCGGCGACGACCAUCCGACAGGGAUGGCCGGAAAAGGAAGCUACGUUCCUCCGCAGUAUAUUCCUUUAUAUGGCCUAGAUACUGAAGAGGAUAGAGUUCCUGCUGUGGAAGAGAACAACACUGCACACCAUAAUAAGCUAACCCGGGAUCCAACGCAGUGGUCUUCUGGCAUUUGUGCUUGUUUUGAUGAUCCACAGAGCUGUUGUAUUGGCGCAACUUGCCCCUGUUUCCUUUUUGGAAAGAACGCACAAUUCUUGGGAUCUGGAACUCUUGCUGGAUCAUGCACUACGCAUUGCAUGCUUUGGGGCCUUCUUACAAGUCUCUGCUGUGUAUUUACUGGAGGCCUUGUAUUAGCAGUUCCUGGGUCUGCUGUUGCUUGCUAUGCUUGUGGAUAUCGCAGUGCACUAAGAACAAAGUACAAUCUUCCGGAAGCACCCUGUGGUGAUUUGACGACACAUUUGUUCUGUCACCUGUGCGCCAUAUGCCAGGAGUACAGGGAGAUCCGGGAGAGAACAGGCAGUAGCUCCUCUUCAGCUCCUAACGUAACUCCACCUCCAGUUCAGACAAUGGAUGAAUUUUGAUACUAAUUGAUUGUAUGAAUGUAUCCUCUCAAUCUGACAAAUCAUUGGUGGGUGGAUGCGACCUGGUGCUAACUUGGCCUGCCACAUUUUUAUUCUUGUGCUCCCAAAGGGUUUCUAUGAGGUUUGGUAGGGGUGCAAAUUGGUGGUUCUUAGAUGCAUCUCCAACCCUCUUUAGUUCAAAUAUUUGCGCUACUUUACUAAAAUAGAGUCUCAUUUUGGAGAAGCAGUACAAAUAUUCGAACUAAAGGGGAUUGGAGGUGCACCUAAGAGUCACCAAUUUACACCCUAAGGUUUGGUUUCAGAGUUGUUGUAUAGGUUACUGUUGAAGUAGUGAACCACUGACAGUUCACAGAAGUUGUAAACGAAGCUGUAUCACGGGACUGUAGCAGAAGAGUUACAUGUAACAUUUUUCCAUAUGUAUUGGCGGGAGGUUGAGAAGGGAAUAUAUGGUUGUCUUGUAGAAUGUUCUUUUGUA